GUCGACAAAGUCCUGGUGAUGCCAGUCAGCGCGUGGUAAGCGAAGCCUUGCGCAAUCGCGGCCUUCUACGAAGAGAAAACGUGAGUAUCGUCAGAGUCAGAGGCAACGGUCACGACGAGGCGGCCGACGCCUGGCCGCCAGCGAUGGGCUUGCAGUAGUGCACAAACACUCCAGCGAAGGGGCUUCUGCUUAUAUUCCAUAAAAGUGUUGUAUCACUGGUAGCAACUAAGAUGACAGUAGUGAACGAAUGGGUAUCGGGGACAAAGUUUGGCGGAUGGGUGCAAAGGUGCCGGGAGUCGCGCCGCCUCGUUCUGGUCAUUGUUGCUAUUGCACUCCUUUUGGACAACAUGCUGCUCACCACCGUCGUUCCCAUUAUACCCGAGUUCUUAUACGACAUCAACCACCCUGAAGCACCACUUGGACCAGUGAGAGCAACUUUAGCAACGACAACUACAACUUAUCCUCCUUGUCCCUGCGAGAUAUAUAAUCAAAGUGGAAGCCAUUCAUCGACUACAGUAUCAAAUAUUGAAAAUUAUAACUUUUCCACAUUAAGCCCAGAAGAAGAGGAGAAACGGUUAAGACACAAAGAUUUAGUUCAAGAAACUGUUCAAGUGGGAAUAAUGUUUGCCUCGAAGGCAUUCGUGCAGUUAUUGGCUAACCCUUUCGUUGGACCUCUAACUCACAGAAUUGGCUACAGUAUUCCCAUGUUCGCAGGCUUUGUUAUAAUGUUUUUGUCAACUAUAAUAUUCGCAUUUGGUAGAAGCUAUAGUGUCCUAUUUAUAGCUAGAGCUCUACAGGGUAUCGGCUCUUCUUGCUCAAGCGUAUCUGGUAUGGGAAUGUUAGCAGAGAGAUAUCCGGACGAUAAAGAACGAGGUAAUGCCAUGGGCAUCGCUUUGGGCGGACUUGCACUCGGAGUGUUAAUUGGACCGCCCUUUGGAGGUGUCAUGUAUGAGUUUGUUGGAAAAUCUGCUCCAUUUCUCAUCCUUUCAGCAUUAGCAUUAGGAGAUGGCUUACUUCAACUUUUGAUGCUACAACCUUCUGUAAUAAGACAAGAAUCUGACCCACCAUCAUUGAAAUCGUUAAUAUCGGAUCCAUAUAUCCUAAUUGCUGCAGGUGCUAUAACUUUUGCUAACAUGGGUAUAGCAAUGUUAGAACCUUCCCUACCAAUAUGGAUGAUGGACACCAUGGGUGCAGGGAGAUGGAAACAAGGAGUGACAUUUUUACCUGCAAGUAUUUCAUAUUUGAUAGGCACAAAUUUAUUUGGACCGUUAGGACAUAAAAUGGGUAGAUGGUUAGCAGCUUUAUUGGGCUUAAUCGUUAUUGGUAUAUGUUUGAUGUUGAUACCUUUAGCGAAAAAUAUCAACCAUCUAAUAGUCCCAAAUGCUGGCCUUGGUUUCGCUAUUGGCAUGGUAGAUAGCUCAAUGAUGCCAGAAUUGGGGUACUUGGUAGAUAUCCGACAUACUGCCGUUUAUGGGAGUGUGUAUGCUAUAGGAGAUGUAGCGUUUUGUUUAGGAUUUGCUAUUGGACCUGCAAUGAGUGGUACAUUAGUCAAGAACAUAGGAUUUGAGUGGAUGUUAUUUGGAAUAGCUAUUCUGAAUUUCUUGUAUGCUCCUUUACUUUAUUGUCUGAAGAGUCCUCCUACAAAGGAAGAGAAACGGUCAUUAUUGAUGGAAGAGAAAUCUUCAGUGCGAUAUGUCACAUACCAGAAUGAAGAAGAUGACGAAUAGCUUCAAAAUAAAUGAAAAAAAUAUUUCUAUGAAGAGUAGAUAUGUAUUGUAAAAAAAAGAUAUAACUAUAGAAAAAAUAUAUCAUUAGAAUUUGAUUGUACAAAAAUACUCUAGAGGAUAGAAAUAUUUAAUGGAAUAUUUAGACAAAAUGGGAUGCAAUGUCGUCUCAAAUAUGAAUUUAUAUGUUAUUUUAUCAACAAGAUAGGAGCAACGCACAAUUUUUUCGAAAUUUUUAGCAGCUGCGCAAACGAAAAUGGUAUACUUGAAAAUUUUAAAAUGGUGAUAGACUAUACCGUUUUCUUUGCAUAACUAUUUUGCAAGGGUCCCUAUUGUGGAUUAUGUGAAUGGCUGCAUGUAAUCCUUUCCUAGUUAGUGAGGAAAUAGGGCAAUAAGAUACCCUUCACUUUUAGACUAAAGUAUAAAAAUUAUAUACCGAUCAGUUCUCCUAUCGUUAGCCCGAAUAAUGAUUGCCAAAGAAUAUAAGACAAAUGUGUAUUAAUAAUAAGUAGUGUAUCCUUAAGGAAUUUUCCCGAAUUAUUCAAAGAGUGUAGUAUCUAUUUAUCCAGCGCAUGCAAUAACUUCGAUUUUUUAAUUUAUAUGUAAUAAAAAUUACAUAUAUUUCUCCAAUUCUAAUUUGAAUAGUUUCUAGUCUAUAAAAUAUUUUGAAUUGAAAAAGUUUAAGAAAAAAGUUCCGAGUUAGGAAUUAUGGAUAUUCUUCUAAAAUCAAAUAAGGUAUGUAACCUUUGAUUACGAAUUCAGUUUACCUUCAAGAGUCAUUCGCCAAUAUCAUAACGUGUCAAAUGUUUUUCUGAUUUUAGGUUUACUAAUUUCGCUUCUGAAAUUACACUUCUAGUGGUACCAAACGUGACCAUUUUCAAAUAUUAAUUAAGCGAAAUAAAUCACAUUUAUAUGCUGAUCUAAUUAUUUCUAAGUAGAAAAAAACAGCGUAACUGCUAAAACGAAUAUGAUUCAAAGGUACAAGCCUGAAAAUGGUUCCAGUAUGGGACCACCAAUACGAAAAGAGGUGACUUAUAUUUCGACUUCUAUCAUUGCAGGAUUUUCUUGAUGUUUUAAUUUUAAAACACCACGACACGGAGAAUAAGAGGGAAUAUGAUUCACAAAUACACUCAUUAAUAGUCCUCAACUUAUUCUAACUUCAAAAUUCUAAACUAUAGAAAAAUUUAUUCACGUUUUUCUUAUAAUUUUAAAAUCAAAAUGAUUCAUUCAUUUGGGCCACGUUUUCACUUAAAAAUCGAAGGUUAGUGCUAGUGAUAACUUAAAUUGAAAGGUGUAUAUUCAGAAUAAUUCUGAAAAAUAUCUUAAUUCAGUAUAAUCCAAAAAAUGAGAAGUAAACAUGAUAUCGGUAGAGAAAAUAAACAAUCAUUCUACGAGAAUUGCUGAGCCAAUCAAAAAUCUAUAUUGGGCUAAUUUCCAGUACGCAGUAAGGGGACCUAAGAAUUGUAUGUCGCUUGUAACCUUAUAACCACUCGGCUAUUUGUGUUUGAUUGUAUGAAACGAUUUAAAAAUCUAUUGUAAACUUCAGAGAAAGAUUAUUGCUAAUAGACAAUAAUCUCUGACCAACCUAUAUAACAAAAGAAUUUUUGUUUAGAAGCUGGUGAGGGUCCGAACAAAAGGCGAGACUGCCUUUUUGUCACUAUUUGUUCUAAACCGCAAAACCAGAAUUUAAUGGUGCCUGGUUUAGAUCGUAUAGCUCGCUGUUGCAUGUUAGAUAGUUUAUUAGAGAAAUACGUAUUGAAAUGUUAUAAGUGUUUGAUGUUUAUAAACAAUAUGUGGUGCAAUAAUAAAAAAAGUAAUUUUUAAAACCAUAUAAAA